AUGCCUCUCAGUUCCUGCGGUAUCUCAUUUCUUGUUUGGAAUGUUUGUUUCAAUUGCCUUACCACAACCAUUGUCGCCCUACGGCUCUGGGCAAACUAUUCCGACCGCAAGGGGGUGCGACUUCCGGAUUAUAUGAUGCUUGUUGCUUAUGUCAGCCUUAUAUCAAAAGCAGUGUGUGAAUGGUGGUGUGUCUUCAACGGCCUGGGCAAGCCCGCUGCCGACCUCACCACGUACGAGGUCGGGGUUAUAUGGAAGUUCUUCACUGCUGCUUCUGUGACCUGGCUCUUCAGCAGCGUCGGAUGUAAACUUUCUAUGCUCUCCCUCUAUCUCACCUUAUUCGGUGUUUCGCGCCAAUUUCGGACCGUCAUAUAUGUCACCAGCGCUAUCGUUACUAUCUAUUUUCUGGUACUUCUGCCACUGUUCCUUACAAACUGCCACCCAUUGUCUUAUGGGUGGAAUCCCGUACCCGGUGGCGGAUGUCGAGAUCUCGCGCUCGAGGAACCUAUCAUCAUCGGUGUGAAUAUCCUUCUUGAUGGCCUUGUCGCAGUUCUUCCAAUUCCAGUCAUUUGGAAGCUGAGGAUGCCGCUUCAAAAGAAGAUUACUAUUGUGGUGAUGUUCUCAUUGGGCUUAAGCGUUGUCGCUGUGUUAAUUUGGCGACUGGUCUUGACCGUUCACUCAGCCUCCGACUUCUCGAUUAGUACUUGUCAGAUUCUUCUCCCUAGUGCGUUGGAAAUCUGGCUCAGUCUCAUAGUCGUCAGCCUGCCCCCAAUCGCACCGCUGUUUCAGCGGCAUGUGGCACCGCGCCUGGCCUACCUAAGACUCACGUCGAAGAAGGAAGCGAGCGAUGCACAGCGUCAUCGAGCGGGAGCGGAUAGGGCAGAAUAUACAAUUGGGGGUAGUCCUCAGAAGGGGAAUGUGUCAGGGCAACAAGGUGUGGAUCAAUCUGCGUCGACUACAGAGUUGGUGGACCGCAGUCAAGACCAAGUGUAUACAGGGAAGAUUGAGGCCGUGAGACAGGGAACGUCCAUGGAAGACGAAUGGGAUGCGAGAGAGCUUACUCCCGGCAGGGGCUAUUCGGUGGGUAGCAUGAUCGAGAUCAGAACUGAUGUUUUGGUGCAGCGUGAAGAGGCUAGGCAGGGGCUUAGUGAGGUAUAG